CUCGCUGGAACCCACAAGAACCGAGAACCUGGAACACCUUCGAGGCGCUUCCAGGCCGCGACACGAGUCCCUCCGCCCGCAGGUCCUGUCACCGGCGCCUGGCCUUCCCCAGCUCCUUUCCAUCCCCUUCCCCCGCUGUUUUUUCCCCCGGCCCCGGCCUCCCCACCGCGUGUACGUGUUGUGUGUAGCGGCGUAGCGGGAGAGUAGCGGCUGCGGCGGCGGUGCAGCAGCAGCGGCGGCGGUGGGCGUGGUGGCAGGAAUCGAUCCCCGAGCGGGUGGCUCCAGGAGACAGCAGCGGCGGCGGCGGCGGCGGCGGAAUUCAGUCAACAUGCCGGCUCCUGACCGGGCAGCGGCUCCCCGUCACCACGCGCUCUGAUGUGUCACCUUAGUGCUGCUCUGUGAUCCCCGCGAGACACCCGCGCGACCGCCCGCAUCCAAGCCCUUCCGUGUCCCUGCUUCUGCCGAAGAGGAAGAAGGAGCCUCGGCCCGCUCGGCCCUCUCGCUCGUUCGCUCGCGAUCCCUCGGAAACCUCUUCCCGAACGUGUGCGCUGACGAAGGGAGGCCCGCCCUCCGCGCGUUCCUUCGGCAACCCUCCCGCUGCCACUCUCGCUCUCUCGCGCCGCCAAAUCCAAUCCGAAAACGCAAAAAUAAAAAAGUUCCAUAGAGGGAAAGAGCUAAGCAAAGUGCAGUUGCCCCCCCCUCGAGAGCCCAAACUUCGGCCUUCUGCCCGAAACAAGUGAGCCGAAAAUAGCGUCCGCCGUGCAGCAAGAGCCACAGAUUACCGACACGAUGGGCGGGGAGGAAGAGAAGACUCGUGACACUGACAAUCAGGCAGAUGACAGCAUCCGUGUCAUCUGCCGCUUCCGGCCACUCAACAAGUCCGAGGAGGCGGCGGGAAGCAAGUUCAUAUGCAGCUUCCCUUCGAACCGAGGCCAAGAAGAUCAGAUGGUCUCCAUUGGGGGGAAGGUGUAUCUCUUCGACCGAGUGAUCAAACCGAACAGCAGCCAGGAGAAAGUGUACGAAAUCGUAGCCAAAGACAUCGUCAAAGAUGUCCUCAACGGCUACAACGGAACCAUCUUCGCUUACGGCCAGACGUCCUCUGGAAAGACGCACACGAUGGAGGGCAAGCUCGGCGAUCCGACGUGGCAAGGCAUCAUACCCAGGAUCGUUCACGAUAUCUUCAACCACAUCUACAACAUGGAGGAGGCCUUGGAGUUCCAUAUCAAGGUUUCCUACUUCGAGAUCUACAUGGACAAGAUUAGGGAUCUGCUGGAUGUAUCCAAGGUGAACCUUUCCGUGCACGAGGACAAGAACCGCGUGCCUUCCGUCAAGGGCGCCACGGAGAGGUUCGUCUCGUCUCCCGAAGAAGUGUUUGAGACCAUCGCCCUGGGGAAGUCCAAUCGACACGUGGCAGUUACCAACAUGAACGAGCACAGUUCCCGUUCCCACAGCGUGUUCCUGAUCCAAGUGAAGCAGGAAAACAUCGAGAACCAGAAGAAACUCCUCGGGAAGCUGUAUCUGGUCGAUCUGGCUGGCUCGGAGAAGGUGAGCAAGACAGGCGCCGAGGGAUCUGUUCUGGACGAGGCCAAGAACAUUAACAAGUCCCUGUCGGCUCUCGGGAACGUCAUUGCAGCGCUGGCCGACGGCAAGACCCACGUGCCCUACCGAGACUCCAAGCUGACCCGAAUCCUGCAGGAGAGUCUGGGAGGAAACGCCAGAACCACCAUCGUCAUCUGCGCCUCCCCAGCAUCCUUCAACGAGGCUGAGACCAAGUCAACGCUCGAUUUCGGAAAGAGAGCCAAGAACAUCAAGAAUUGCGUCUCGGUUAAUGAAGAAUUAACAGCCGAAGAAUGGAAGAGAAGAUACAACAAAGAGAAGGAAAAGAGCACCAAGCUGAAGGCCCAAGUGGAGAAGAUGGAGACGGAGUUGGCCAGGUGGAGAGGUGGAGAGAAGGUUUCGUCAGAGGACCAGAUCACGGUGGAGAUGGAGAAGUCGAUGGUGUCUUCGGUGGUGGAAGAACCCAAGAAGGCCGCCGCCCCGCCCGCGCCCAUGAGCAACGAAGUGAGGGAGGCGUGGGAGAAGGAGAGGGAGCAGCUGUACAUCAGCCUCGACGAGAAGGACGACGAGAUCAACCAGCACAGCCAACUCGCCGAGAAGCUCAAGGAACAGAUGCUCGAGCAGGAGGAGCUGAUCGCCGCCACCCGCCGCGACUACGAGGUGCUGCAGGCCGAGAUGGCGAGGAUCCAGGCGGAGAACGACGCCGCCAAGGACGAGGUGAAGGAGGUGCUGCAGGCCCUCGAGGAGCUCGCCCUCAACUACGACCAGAAGAGUCAAGAGGUCGAGAGCAAGUGCAAGGAGAACGAAUCCCUCAGCGAGGAACUGACGGAGAAGCAGACGGCGCUGACAACCAUGCAAGGCGAGUUGCAGCAGAUGAAGGAUUCCUCCGUGCAUCAGCGGCGUAGGAUGAACGAGAUGCUGUUCUCUCUCCUGUCGGAUCUUGGAGAAGUCGGGAAUGUCGUCGGCGGCACGGCUGGGGAGCUGUCGGUUAAGAACUCAGGAGACCCCAAUAAACUGGAGGAGGAAUUCACAAUGGCGCGUCUGUACGUCUCCAAAAUGAAGAGCGAGGUGCGCAAUUUGGUCCAGCGCUGCAGCACCUUGGAAAACUUCCAGGGCGACUGCAACAAGAAGAUCGACGAUUACGAGAAAGAGCUGAGCGAGUGCCGCCUCCUCAUCAGCCAGCACGAGGCCAGAAUGAAGACGCUUCAGGAGAGUAUGCACGAGGUGGAGGUCAGGAAGAGGCAACUGGAGGAACAGGUGGACACUCUGACGGAGGACGUGACGAGGCUCAAGGCGGCCGAGGGACUCUCCAUAUCCGAGGGCGAGUCGAAGGAGGCCCUGGAGAAGCAGAUGGAGACCCACCGCGACCUCCACCAGAAGCAGGUCGUGUUACUUCGUCAGGAGAUCAACCAGAAGCAGGCGCUCAUUGAGGAUCUGAAGGAUGAGAACCAAGUGUCUGUUUCUCUGGCACAUUAUUCCAUGUUCAUAUGUUGUCAAGAAGUUAGAAACAUUGAAGCUUAGCAUUCAUUAAAAUUAAAACACAUAAUCGCCCUCAACGAGAGGCGAGAACAGGCUCAUCACGACCUCAAGGGCUUGGAAGAUACAGUGGCGAAGGAACUCCAGACGCUGCAUAAUCUCAGGAAGCUUUUCGUCCAAGAUCUGCAGGCCAAAGUUAAAAGGUCAGCAGCAGGCGAGGACGAGGACAUCCUAGGCGGCUCGGUGGCUCAGAAGCAGAAGAUCAGCUUCCUGGAGAACAACCUCGAUCAGCUGACGAAGGUGCACAAACAGCUGGUGCGAGACAACGCCGAUCUGCGAUGCGAGCUCCCCAAGUUGGAGAAGCGGCUCAGAGCUACGAUGGAGAGGGUGAAGGCCCUGGAGACGGCGCUGAGGGAGGCGAAGGAGGGGGCCAUGAGGGACAGGAAGCGAUACCAGUAUGAGGUCGACCGCAUCAAGGAGGCUGUGAGGCAGAAGAACCUAGCGAGGAGGGGUCAAGGAGCGCAUAUCGCCAAGCCCAUCAGAACCGGCCAGGCCAACCUCCUCUCUCGUCCGGGCGCCCUAGGCAUGAUGGGCAGGACUCCCCCGCCCAACCCACAGCAACUUCGCCCCUAUGUCGCCACGAGCAGUUAAGACAAGCAACAAGACUAAAGGAUGGGAGAGAUAAAGAGCGAUAAAAAGUGAUGUGAACCUAAGAAUACAAGACGAGCCCUUGUGGUUUCACCCUCAACCCCACGGCUUUAGGUAUCUGAAGUGUGUGCGUGGGUUCUGAAAACAGGUCAGAUCAUGUGCAUUAUGACUGACACACACACCCAAAAAAAUACCAAAACACGAAUAAAAUGUCUAAUAAAAAAAACUAACAAAAAAAAUGUUUAAAAAUGAGAAAGUAAAAAAUCUACAAAAAAAAAAAAAAUAAUAAUAAAAUAAAGAUUAUGAUUUUGAUUUUCAGUGAUGAUUUCAAAAUUUCUUUCUUCCCCCUCCCUUUCCCCCCCCCCCCCCUCGCUACUCAUUCCUACCCCCCCCCCCCCUCCCACCGCCGUCACAUACUCUUUACCUACGUGCCUAUUAAUUUCCCCCACUCUUACCCCUCUUAACCAAGCUAGUGACCCACACCCCUACCCCCCUUUAAAAAAAAAAAAAUCUAUGUUUUUGACCCAUUCUUUUAUGUAUGGUAAUAAUAGCACCCUGAACUGUGAUUUAUCUAGUACCUUUUGUAGCACUGCAUAGGCUGUUUUUUCUCCAAAGACACAUUGGUAAUACUGUAUGUCCUUUUUUAUCAUUUUAUUUUUUUAAUCUCAUAUUUUUCCUUCCUCCUCAUGUAUAGACUCUCGUAUAAGGAUAAUUUCCUGUCGGUGAUACUGUAUUCCUUAUUGUUUAUACAUAUAUAUGGAUAUAUUUAAGACUAUUUACCAAACCAGUGAUUUUAUGUCUACUCAUGGAAUUAAUAUAGUCAUUUACUAUAGCUAUCCUUAAUGGUUAUGAUUUGCUACUAAACAUAUGCACGACUGUACUUUAAUUAGCUGAUAAGUGGUCCUUGGUCAAUAUUUGUUAAUGUUCGGAUGAUAGAAAAGGUAACUUAUAUCGAAAAUGAUGAUGAUGAUAAUGAUGAUGAAUAAUGAAUGGAAGUGUGAAUCCUGAUAAUUCAGAGGAAAAUGAUGAUGAUGAUGAUAAAAAUAAUGAUGAAAUAUAAAUAAUGAUAAUGAAAACUUGGAAAUGAAUAGAAAUAUAAAGGAAUUUAUCCACUGCAUGAUCCAUGACUAUCUGCAAUAUUUUUUUUUUUUUUUUUUUUUUUUCUUUUUUUUGUCUCUCUCUUCAAAGUUUUUUAUUGCAGGAUCAAAAGACGAGGAAAUCAAAGGAAUGAAUAUAAGCAGAUGUCCAGAUAUGAAUGUAAUAAAAUAAAACACACAAAGACAAGUUAUUGUUGUCAUCCUUUCUUAACACAUACGUCGGACUUUCUUUGUUGUUGUUGUUAUUGUCGUUGUCAAAGGUAAAGAGAAAAGGAGGAAAAUAUGUAGGUAUUUCUGUCUUCAUUUCGUCCAUCCGGAAAAUGAAUAAAAAAAAAAAAAAAAAAAUUGCACCGAUGUAUGACAUUUUGUAUAUUUUUUCUAGCAAUUAGAAACAAUUGUAUACAUUUCUCAUUAAUUAAAAAAUACAUUUAUCAUUUCAUUCAUGUCAUAAUUAACUUACAAAGGAAAUGUUAUAGUGCGUUUUAACAUGACGCAGAUAACGAUGCUUUUGUUUUUAGCCUCUUAUCAUUAUUGUUAAUUAAACCAUAAAAUCUAACUGUAUUUGGCCUUCAUUCAGAAAUGAGUGAUAUAUCAAAAUAAUCAAAAUAUCUUUGAUCUUUUGUAGCAGAAGUUUUCGUUUUUGUCUAAAUUUUAUCCUUCGUAAAAUAUUUUAGAGAUUGGAGAGACGUAAGGAAGUGAAAAGAUUAAAGAUAAUAAAGAUUUGAUUCCGAAUCAUUAAUCGAGAAUUUAAAUUAAAUAGUAGAAUUGAAUGAAUUGAUAAUGAACUGAUGCUACUUGAGACUAAGAUAUAUAUAUAUGGAGAAGGUAGGGAGAGGAGAAUUUAAUUUUUUCCUAAUGUUUAUUCACCUUUCUUUUAUAUAGAGAUUAUCUUUAAGUCAUAUUUAUUUUCUUAUAUUUAUAUCAGUGUAGAAUCGAAUUAGUUUUUUUUUAUAUAAUGUGUAUAGUUCGUAUAGGUUUUUUUAAUUAUUAUUAUAUAUCGGUCUAUUGUUUAAAUAGAAGUUGCGUUCCAUUCGGUUUUGCAAGAUUGCAAAAAAAAUGUAUAUUUAUUAAUAUCUUUUUUCCUUCCUUUUCCUUUUUCUUUAAUUUUCUUUUUCUUUUCUCUUCUUUUAAAUGUUUCAUAAUUGUUUUCUUUCUUUUUUUGUUAAGAAUAGCAAUUGUUACGCUUAUUUGUUUAUUUAUUCGCUUUAAAUGUUUCAUUCACUUUUUUCUGUCUUUUUUAUAUUUAAUUACCGUUUCGUACAUUAAGUUUCGUUUAUCAGUAUUCUUCUAGUUUCAAUUCCCAUUUUCUUUAUUUCAUUCGGGUUCCUGUUUUCUUUGAAAUUCAUUACCCGUUUUCUUUGAGUUUUAUUUUCCGUUUUCUAUUGAGUAUUAUCCAGGUUUCCGUUUUCUUUGAACACAAGCCGGAGUCUCUGCUUUUCCUUUGAGAAAAACGGAGUUACUUCCUUAAGACUUGGUUAGCGAUAAAUAGAAAUUUAAUUUCUCUCUAUGUCUAAAUAUUAAGUGAAUAAAAAAAAUAAAUAAAAAUGUAACAAGUUUCUUUAUUAUA